UUUUUUAACCACGAUUUAGUGUUUGUACUUAUUUGUAGCUACUACGGUAUGAUAACCUAAGUAAGGAAAACUUGCACCCCGAAGUAUCGGCCUCACUUCGAAGGCCCAUUGCUGGCAAAACUGGCGAGUCACGCGUCCCAUCGCAGGAAAAUCGGUUGCCUUCCAGCUUGUCGUUUGUUUAGGUGCCUGGCCGUUGUGCUUCAGGAUUCUCGCAGGAUAAUUAAAUGUUCGUAUUGCGAGGAAUAUAGACCCAGGCCCCCAAAAAAAAAGGGGGGUAGCGUGACUGAGUGAAUGAAUGAUCAAGACAUUAUUAAGUACAUUCAAUUCAAAGUCAUACGUCUGGGAAAUCUUAGGCAGCUCGCCGAAUAGAUUCAAUUCAUCAUCAAGCACAUUCAAUUCAAAAAGAAGAAGAAGAAGAUACAAGGCAGCUGCGACUAAAAGAAUUAUCGUUGUAAAGUGACCUGCUUAUCGAAUAAGAAUAUUUUAAUGGUCGUUCUUAGGUCAAGAUUCUGACUGUGUUCAGCCUUGCUAGUGAUUUUUUAACGCCGUGCUAACAAAAACAAUAGUCGUCUUUAGAAUUACACUUCAUUUGUAAUCGUCUUUUUCGUAGUCGUACUCGUCAGCGCAAAAUACAUUUUAGUUAAGCUUGGGGAUCUUCCAACCUGGCGUGGCGGACACGAGUUGGCGUUCGCGACUCGAGACACUUCCAUUUUUGUUGAUUCCCUUCCUUUUUCCAUCGAUUUCUCGUUGUUCAUUUUUCAUUGUACGUUGUAAUGGUCAAUCGAAUAGUAGAUCCGAUUAUCGAGUAGGAUUGAUGCGUGUUUUCAUAGUCACGAGUAAGUAUUCAGUAUUCUUGAGUGAGUGAGAGUGAGGUUCGCUCUGAUCUUUUCGGGAGCACAAUUAGUACUUGAGUUGAUCCGAUUCCUCCGUAGGACGUUUUGGUUCGUAAGUUGUAUAUUUAAGAAUCGUGGAUAUUAACAUAUUACCAUCUUCAUCUUCAUACAUUGUCGUAUCCAGAGCUGAGUCUAAUCCAGCUUUUCUGGUCUCCUUUCAUCUUUUCUAAGAGUCAGUCUACCUUUUUUAUCGAUCAAUCUAGAAAGAUUAAGAUUUUUGUUGACUGAGUUUUCGUCAGACGUUUUCCUGCAACGGCAGACAGGUUGAGCAUGUCUCGCGUCUGCUCGUUUUAGAAAGAAAAGUAGUUGUUGAAUAGAGAACUUUGUUUGUUUUACCGAUAUUCGCGUCGCGAUUAAAGGUGCAGGCAAUGUGUAAAGCCGUGGACAGCGACAGACGUAGAAGCCUAUUGUAGAAGUGGGUAUUGCUUGGUCUCAAGAUUGUACAGAGAAGACAUCGCAAAAUAUAGAUUUAGUUGUAGGUCAAAAUAUUCUUACCCAUCUUCGUUGUCAGAAUGAUCUUCAGGAGGGCAUAAUUGCCACUUUUGUUUAUUGAGUUUUCCUUUUCAGAUACAGGUUCGGAUUCCUCUUCUAGAUAUUUUUAACUUUUGACGUGUGUGAGCGGUUGCCGAGGACGUUUUCGUCGGUGACUAGAUAGUUAGUACUAGACUGAUCCCUGCUUACUUUUGUAAAUACUUAGACUUUUCCUCUCGCGAGAACAAUGACAUUGUCUAUGUGUCCUGUGCCCGCGGAAGAGGGCGUUGCCGCGGAAAAGUCCGCGGCCAUGCAAGGAGAAGUGGAAAAGGUGCUGUUGGAUGAGGUGGAUAAAACUGAACCGCAGGACCCCUUGUUGGACUGCGAUCCCAUGUCUCAAGAAAAGACUGCGUCUGCCCUGCCGACCUCGCGUAGCGGGAGUGAGGUCACGACCGAUGGAGGUGCGAUAGCGUCAUGCAGUACUGCAGAGACGAUCCGUCACAAAGAACCGAAGGAUGGCCGUCACGGAGUGUCCACUGUACCAUCAGACUGAUUGGUGGGAGUCUGUUUGUACUUAAGUAGUUGUUUUAACAAGUACAAUGAAUAUGUCCAUGAUCAUGGACGCACUGGAAUGGUUUCGUACGAAGUACACUUUUAGUAAAUCAUGGCGCAGGACGCUUUGUUUAUUAUUUGAUACAAGGAGGGCAUAUGAAUGCAUCGACCUGUCCGCGAGACUAGCUCGAUUCUAUAAUAAGCAGCUGCUGCUCAUUUGACCUUCUCCAUCUAGAAGUUGGUCUCCAACUUCAUAAAUUAAUUGUCGACUUCAUUAUCAACAACUCCUGCAGAUUUUUUGUGGCUAUUUUUAUCGGGAAGACGAUUUCGUGGCCUACAUUCGUCGUGACAAAAUGGCACUGGAAAAGUGCAGCAUCAUUGUUGUUGGCCUCACCGAUCUUCCUCUACUGACCCAGCCGGAUGCAGAGAAGCCGCGAAGCGAGGAGCGAGCAAGUCAGAACGCCCAGACAACAAAAGUUAUGUUUUCUGGUUUCUGCAAUUUCUAUCUCAUGAAGAACUGUUUAUAGUGAAGUUGUUAUUUAAAUGAGACAUUUAGGGCUCUAACUUAUUUUUCGUUCAGCUCUAGCUACUAAAUAUGUAUAUAAAGUCAUCUACCAAUCGUGUUGGGCCGGCGGUGCAUAGUAAGCUAAUUGUUUGAAACGACCAGGGGGAUUGCAUUUAGUAAAAAAGGUUUAGUAUUUUAGGCAACAGGCAGCCACUACUUGUAGUUAUGGAGUUGUGCAAAGACAGUGAACUUCCCCUCCCUGUACCUAGACGUUUCCCCCUUUUCCCUUAUCUGAGGCUCUAUUUACCCCGCGAAUGGGUAAACUACUACUACUGCAUAGUACUAGACAGCAUGAUUACGAUCAGCGCCGACGGAGAAUUUCCUGUAUUGAUUUAGACAAUGAAUUAAUACCAACAACAGAUCAACUUCAACACUUUUCAAACACAUGUGGAUGAAGUUGUAAUGCUUCUAAUUAUGUCGACGAUAGCGCAGUGCGUACGGCUCUCGACGGGCAUCAGAAGGACGAAAAUGGGAAAAGCAAGAUCCGUCCGAGUUGGUAAAACUGAGUGCACCUUUACUGUCCAUUCAAUUAUCCUUUGACCGUUCCCGUCUAGUGGGCGAUCACCAUAUUGUACAUAGUAUUGUUGCAGCGCCUAAUCGUAAUUUGUUUGUUCGUUAGUUUACUCGGGGAUUCUUCAGAACCAGAAGCAUACAUUAAUUGCAGGGUGAAAUGCAGUUUUUCACCUCUCAAUCCAUUGAUGACUUUGCAGGGUCUGCGUGAUGAAAAAGCGGCACGCGCCAUUAACAAUGCUCGUGUACGCACGAGAAGCUGAGGUGCCGCGCAUGUCGGCGAGCGGGCAACAGGAUAUGAAGAUAUCGAAGACUGCCUGUUUCUUCCUAAAGAACAAAAUGUGCGCCCGCACACUUGAAGUCCGGUUUACUCCGGGUCUUCCGGAGGUUGCAGGCAUGGAACCCGCGCGGCGAGGACGCACCCUGAAGGCGAAUGAGAUUUGUUUUUUUUGCGUGAAUAUGGCGUCGCGAUUGCGGACGGUUCGACCCCCAAAGGAGGCCAUUAAGCGGGCAUCCGUGGUGCCUCUCAAUCGCAGCUACACACGACUCAGUGCUGCGGAUUUUGAAGACGAAGAAGAGUCACCCGCCGGGUUCGGGACGGAAGGCCUUGCCAACCUCGGAAAGGCCACCACGGGCACCAAAAGUACAACUCACUACGUACAUGAAUAUGCCGAAUUAUAUGUCAUUUUUUAUACAAGCGGUUCGUUUUUACCUCUAGCGUGUAGCCCUUCCAGCAAUAUAUUAAGAUCAUUGGCUUACAUUUAGGUUUCCUCAGUCACUCUACACGAUCUUCAGGUUGCCUAUUUUUUCAUCUAGUAGUCCUUUCAGGACUGUGGCCAUGUUGCACCUGACUUCUUUAAGGACGCAAUUACGAAAGGGCAUUUAAUUAGAAAGGAUGCAUCAUUUUUAUGAUGCAUGUUCUUCUAUAUUAUAAUUUUUCAUUUCGUUGACCCUAUUUGCAAUGUAUAAUUUUUCAUUUCGUAUGCAUUGCGUAAUGAGUUGAUCUUCACUUUUGCUUUUCUCGAGCACUUCCUUGACUUCUAUCACAGAGAGCGAUUGGGGGAUGUUUGACCGCACCCUGGCUCAGCUACUCGGAGAGUCGGAGCUCAGAGAAUCGGCUGUUUGGAGCGCACAGCAGUUCGUGCAUUUGACACGGGGAAUGUUUAUCUUCGGCGAGUUUCCCCUCACACAGAAUGGGUACACUUUUAUAAAAACAAAUAUAAAUAAAUAUGUAGCUGUACUACUUGUGAGUAUCAAAGGAAGUCAUCUUCAGUUUGGAAUAUGACAAGAAACUUUGGUUAUUGAUUAGUAUCUAAGUAGAUGAAGUCCUCGAUCUUGAACUUGAUUCAAGAUAUCAAAGUAUUUAGGAUAAUUGAAUCACUCACCAUAAUGUCCACCAGUUUAGGUGUCGCAACCUUGGUUUCAUGUGUCAUGUUCUCUGGGUCUUGGGUCUGCCCUAAACUUCAUUCUUCAGCUCGAUGGUAGUUUAGAAAAUGAAUUUCGACGAUCUCUACAACGACAAGAACAACGAACAACAAAAACCGAUUAGAUAUGUGCAGAAAUUCUCCCAGGAGAGUGCUCCGGAAGGCGCUGACGGUAUGCUCCUCCAGUGCCUGAAAUACCCGGGGAAAAGUGGCGACCUGAAAGCAGAUUACGUACCAGGAAUCAUUGUGAAGCGUGACGCGAAAUGUCUUGCGUACAACCAGUGCCUCGCGUCGUGCAGCGGAAUCUUUGAGGUCAAUUUCGCGCCGGGAAGCAUUUUGAGCCACGCAAACACGAUGAUGUUGAAUAUGCCGGGUGAAGCAAUGCGUAAAUGA